GAGAGAUUCCCGUUUCCCUUUAUCCUCACCUCUCCCUCUCUCUCCGGACUCCGCCUAAACCCCCACUCCGCGAGCCGCGGCCCAAACCCUCGCGAUGUCCGGCGAUCGCCGCGGCGGCUGGCCUCCAGGCAACGGCGACAGCUCUGGGAGUAGUUGGGAGACUGUUGAGAAGAAGAGGAAUUCACGGCAAGCAGCUGGAAGGGGACAAUGGGCACAAUGGAGUUCCUCCUCAAAUGCUCCUCCUACUACAGCACGGCAAGCUUGGAAUGGAAAUGGGUCUUCACGCCCUUCGGGAAACAAUUGGGCUCAACCUUCUGACCGUAGGCCUGCUGCCAGAGGUAAUCCCAGGCCACCAUCACAACCAGAAUUCCAAUCACAAAACUCAGCUGUGGCUCCACCUCUAGCAAAUGGUUGGCAGUGGGCAUCUAGGUCUCGCCCAUCUGGUCCUGAAAGCAGCAUGGAUGAUGUUCCUUCAUGUGGUUUAAACCCUGAGACAGACAAUGCUGAAGGUGAUACAUCAGAUGAAGAUGAAGACGAUGAUGAUGAUAUCAGUGAUGAGUACGAUUCGGAUGCAAGUGAAAAAAGUUUUGAGACUCGAAAAAUGAACAAGUGGUUCAAAAGUUUUUUUGAAGUCUUUGGUACCCUUAGUGUGGAGCAGAUACAUGAAAACUCUAGGCAGUGGCAUUGUCCGGCAUGCAAAAAUGGACCUGGGGCAAUUGAUUGGUUCAAAGGCCUACAACCUCUGGUGACGCAUGCUAGAACAAAGGGUUCUAAAAGGGUUAAGCUCCACAGAGAAUUGGCAGCAUUACUAGAAGAGGAGAUGUCCCGCAGGGGAUCUUCGGUGGUGCCAUCUGGUGAGCAAUUUGGGAAAUGGAAAGGAUUGCGAGAAAGCACUGAUCGGGAGAUAGUGUGGCCGCCAAUGGUGAUUGUAAUGAACACACUGUUGGAGAAGGACGAUGAUGAUAAGUGGUUAGGCAUGGGCAACCAAGAGCUUCUUGAUUAUUUCAGUGAAUAUUCUGCGAGUAAAGCACGCCAUGCCUAUGGUCCAUCUGGGCACCGUGGCAUGAGUGUGCUGAUAUUUGAAAGCUCAGCAGUGGGAUAUAUGGAGGCAGAACGACUGCAUAAGCACUUCGUUGCCCAAAGAACAGAUAGGGACGCAUGGCAACUUCGCAGGGUUUCGUUCUUGCCAGGUGGGAAAAGGCAACUGUAUGGUUUCUUGGCCAGCAAAGAAGACAUGGAGACUUUCAAUAGACACUGCCAAGGAAAAAGCCGCCUUAAAUAUGAGAUGAGAUCUCAUAAUGAGAUGGUAGUGGAGCAGAUGAAACUAAUGAGCGAAGAGAACCAACAACUAAAUUAUCUGAAGAACAAGGUGGUGAAGACACAGCAACACUCUAAAGCAGUAGAAGAAACCCUGGGUAAUGUUACCCAGAAACUUCGGGAGACUAUGCAAGAGAACAUCUUUGUCAGGCGUAAAGCCAAAGAGAAGCAUUCAGAAUACGAAGAAGAGAUGAAGUCUCAGGAGAAAUUUUUCCAUGAUCAGAUCGAAAACAUUCACAAGGCCACAGAGGAGAAAGAGAGCAAGUUUGAGAAGUUGCUACAGGAGGAGCGUGCAAAGGCUAGACAGUGUGAUGUGGAUUCUGGGACUACUGAAAAUCGUAGACUAAGGAAAGAACAGAUACAGUGGUUCAUAGAUAGCCAGGUCAAGGAUGUGGAGGAGUUCGAGGCUGAAAGAGAUGAACUCAUUAAAGCCCAUGAGGAGAAGAAGGUGAAGCUCAAGAAAGAGUAUAUGGCUAAGGAGCUGGAGCUGGAGAAGGAGCUUGAUGCCGCCGUCACUAGUCUGAUGGAGAAACACAAGCCAGGCACCUUUGGGGCCAAAGCUCGUGAAGAUCACCGUACAUUUCCAGCUCAGAACGAAUGUCUGAGAUGAUCCUUCUGGGCAACGGCUUCUAAAGUGCCAUGAUUAGGAAACCUGAACCUUUAUGGGGGUUUUAUGUCCGUGAUUAGGAAACCUGAACCUUUAUAGGUGUCAAGUAUCAGUAGCAUGUGCUAGAACCAAUGUCAACCUUGCAGUAAGCUUGGAAUGAAAAUCCCUACCCUCUACCAGACAUAUCAAUAUUAUCGUAUCAUUUCGCUCUUCUUCAGAA